AUGGAGACCACCAACCUGAGCAAGCAAGCUGAGCCAACCAUGACUCAGCCAAAUUAUGCACCUACUAUAGAGUCUGUAAUUAGAAAUCCAGAGACUGAAGAUGGUGUAUGCGUCUUUCCAUUCUGGUAUAGAGGUGAAAUAUUCUAUGACUGUGUCAAUUUCAAUCUGAAACACAAAUGGUGUUCUUUGAACAAGACUUUUCAAGGUUACUGGAAAUACUGUGCUCCUUCAGACUAUGCUCCAUGUACCUUUCCCUUCUGGUACAGACGUAUGAUCUACUGGGAUUGCACAGAGGAUGGGGAGGUGUUUGGAAGAAGGUGGUGUUCACUCACCCCAAAUUUCAACAAAGAACAUGUUUGGAAAUAUUGUAUAUAA